GUGGGUCAAGUCCAAAGAGAGGGGAUGCACUAGGGGUACGAGCUUUUCUUCUGCCUGAAAAUGGAAACCUCUCUGAGCUUCACGAGCUCGAGUUUGGUUCCCGCCAAGCCCGCGCCUUUCCCCCCGCCCCAUUCCAACUUCAUUUCUUCGAGAUUAAAAAGCUCCAGACUUGAGAAGAACCGAAAGAAUAAUAAUUUGUUUCUGGUGAAAGAUUCUGGGUCGAGCAACAAUGGUUCUUUUAGCCCUUUUCCUGUUUUUCCUAACAAUAUUUCCUUGGAAGAGGCCAUUGGAGCAGAAUAUGGAGAGGGAUUUGAGACAUUUAGAGCAGAUGGAUUACUCAAAGUUGAUGUUGAUUUUCUUAAUGACAAACUGCAAGAAGGUUUUUUGAAGAGAAUCCGUUAUGCAAUGAAGCCUGACGAGGCUUAUGGAUUAAUUUUCUCUUGGGACAAUGUAGUGGCAGACACUCAAGCUCUAAAGCGGAAUGCUUGGAAUCAGCUUGCUAUUGAAGAAGGGAAGGAAAUUCCUGAAGAUAACGGCACACAAAGGCUUUUGCUUCAAGAGGGUGUUGAUAAUGUACUAAAUGAGGUUUUGCAAUGGGAAAUGGAAGAAAAUGAUUUAUGUAGAUUGAAGUUAAGGUUAUCAGAGUUAUUCUGUGACAAUUUAGUCAAAUUUUCAGAACCAAUAGAGGGGCUGAACGAAUGGCUUGAUGCUGUUUCUACAGCACGCAUUCCAUGUGCUGUUGUUUCGAGUCUCGAUCGAAAAAUUGUGGUUGAUGCCUUAGAACAUCUGCGCCUCAACAAGUAUUUUCAGGCUAUUGUGACAGAGGAGGAUGGUAUGGAGUCCAUAGCACACAGGUUUCUAUCUGCAGCAGUUAAGCUGGACCGGAAGCCGUCAAAGUGUGUGGUGUUUGAAGACGAUCCGAGAGGCAUAACGGCUGCCCACAACUGUACGAUGAUGGCCAUAGCACUCAUCGGUGCUCACCCGGCGUAUAGAUUGGGGCAGGCCGACCUCACAGUUGGUGGCUAUAACGACCUCUCGGUCAUCAACCUCAGGAGAUUAUUUGCACACAAAGGCUCCAACUUUAUGGACUUGCAGAAGCAAGUCAUGGAGAAGACUCCUCCUAGAAGGAAGCUCACUGUUGACACCUUUUUCUGAUCCAAUUUCAGAUACUUUUGACGAGCAUGCGGUAGAUGGCAAGGAAUUGUCUGGGUUUAUGUGCUAGCAUAUGAUUUGAGGCAAAUGUCUGAUCAAUUCAGAUAAGAGGUCUUAACCAUUCAGACUCUGUAUAAUACUUAACCAUUCAGAGGCAAAUCUCUUAACCAUUCAGACAUCUGAACCAUUAAGAGGCUGAAACAAACAGUCUGAAUCAUU